UAUUUUUAGCUGCAUAUUUUGUAUAACAGAAACAACUGUGAUAGUCCUAUGGUAAGGAACAAAGCAGUCUCUUCCAAGUGUUACAAAAGCAGUAUGGCUUUUAAUCAACUGAUAAUAACUGAUAAUAAACAGCUCUUUGAGUCCAGCCAAAGAUGGGGUGUGAUUCAGCGGUGCAGGAGCGUGAACGUGUCACUGAGAUGUGGUCUUCUGGAAACUGCUUUUAACACAAGGGAACUAUUUCUUGGCUGGCUCCAUUGAUGGUCACGUGCUUUUGUUGCCAUGAGCUGUGAGAACAUUGCUGUAGAAAUGUGAUUGUGAUUUAUGACUGUCUGUAGUAAUUCUGUACAUCUCUUAUGUCUGUGUUCUUAUAGCCACUUGGGCACUGAAGUAGCUGAAAUGAGAAAGAGGCAGCAGUCACAAAAUGAAGGAACAUCAGCUGUGUCUCAAGCACCUGGAAACCAAAGGCCCAACAACACAUGUUGCUUUUGUUGGUGCUGUUGCUGCAGCUGUUCAUGGAAUGAAGAUAGAGGAGACAAUGCAGGAAGACCAACGCAUACAACCAAACUGGAGAGUAUCCAGGUCAUAGAAGAAUGCCAAAACCCUACUGCAGAUGAAAUUUUGUCUUGGGCUCAGAAUUUUGACAAGAUGAUGAAAACACCAGCUGGGAGGAACCUUUUCAGAGAGUUUCUUAGAACGGAGUAUAGUGAGGAAAACCUGCUCUUCUGGCUUGCAUGUGAAGAUCUAAAGAAGGAACAGAACAAGAAAGCUAUUGAAGAAAAAGCAAGACUUAUAUAUGAAGAUUACAUUUCUAUACUAUCACCGAAAGAGGUUAGUCUUGAUUCCCGUGUGAGAGAAGUGAUCAACAGAAACUUGUUGGACCCCAGCCCUCACAUGUAUGAAGAUGCCCAGCUCCAGAUAUACACCUUGAUGCACAGAGACUCUUUUCCAAGGUUUUUGAACUCUCAGAUUUAUAAGUCUCUUGUCGAAAGUAUUACAGGCUCUACUUCUGAAACUUAAUUUUCACAUAAAAUAACUUGGUUUUUGUUUUGUUUUUUCUUUGGGUGGGUGGGAUGGAAGAAAAGUAGUUUAAUAACAUCUGGAGCUGGGUUCCUGGAGAACUACAGUUUAGCACUACUCAGGCUACUGUGAAGAAAAAAAAUACAUAUUAUGGUCUCUGUCUACAUUUUUACCAAGGUCCUCCUUGCUCAAGAUGGCGUGGGAGGGGAUAAAUGGAUUUGCCAAAAUACAUUUGUUUCACACUCCUUUCACCCUAUUGCAGUCAAGAUUGCAAUGAUGUAUUUGUAGUUUUAUGAACAGUCUCCUUGUGUAUCCUCACACUGCAUGUGCAAGGUAAAACUGCUUCACUUACCACUUAGUUGUUGCAAUAUUUAAUCCAAUAACAUAAAUUAUAUCUGUAUUUAAAAACUUUCUUUUGUGCAAUACAGUCCUAUGGUACAUAGAAACAAUUGCAGCAAACCAGAAAGAGGCUUGCAUUUUUUAACAUCACUAACUAAAAAGCCAAUUUUUAAGGUGUAGCAUUACUCUACAUGCUCUACUGAGUACAAUACACUGACUUUUUGAAGCCAAUAUUUCUGUACAGAGAAAAAGAGCUAUUUAUCACUGUUUAUUUAAAAUAAAUCAAGCGGAGGAUUCCUCUGGUUGUUCACUGCCAAAACUGUGGCAUUUUCAUUACAGAGUUUGCAAUGUCAAAGAAAAAGAAAAAUAAAAGAAGAAAAAAAAAGCACAAAUCACUUAAAGGGAUCCAUUUCUGGGUGACACAAUCUAUGCGCUGAUAUUGUUUAAUUGUUAAAACAAACAAAGAUUUUCAAUGUACAUUUCAGAUGUCAGAUACUGUAAUUGAUUUAUUAAAGACUGGCUAUCCAGUUCUAACACUGUUGUAUAAUGUUAUGUACUUCAGAGAAAAAAAGAAAAAAAAAUAAGAAACAACACAAAAGGCUUGAUAAUUUAGUUUUUUGAAUAAAGAAAUUUAAUAAAAGAUUGCCUACAUGUAGCAUUUUAGAGCAUUUUAGAACAUUUUGAUGAACUGCAUCUGUUCUGUAAGAUAUUUUUUUUUUUUGAAAGCUAAAUCUGGUAAAAAAUGUUUUUAAAUGAAGUAAUGUUUUACGAGGUGGUGGGUUAAAGAAGACUUAGCUUCUAGCCUCAUUGAUUUUGAACAACUCCUUGAAAACAAGGGGUUUGGAGAGUAAUAUUAAACCAAACUUCAAGGGCUUCUAAACCUGCAGAUCUUACCCAAGCAAAAUGCCUACAGAAACACAAUGGGUAUCUUUCCUGGGUAAAGAUUCCUGUACUGAGCCCUUAAUCUGAGCUAAGGCAGCACAGUACUCCCAUCACUAGGCUGCCAUAGUGUUUUUAAUAGGUGUUUGCUUGGCCUUUUUAUCAAAGAAUGUCCAGUUUCAGGACACAUUUUGAUGUUUAAAGAGACAGUGACUUGGAACUUAAAAAAAACCCAUCUUCAUACUGAUCAUAUACAAGCAAAAUGAGUGUUAGCAUCCCUCAUAAACUGCUAAAGAUAUACCAAGAAAUUGCUCUGAAUACUUGUUAAAUAUAUAUAUAUAUAUAUAUGUGUAUGUGUGUGUGUAUAUAUAUAUAUUUAAUACUGACAACCAUACUAAGACUUAGGAGGCAAGGUUCUUCUCACUUCUGUAGGACUAAACAUGGCACAAGCCCAUCGCUUUCGAUUGGCCUGGAAGGUCUGGCAGUUGUGUCCUUGAGUGGAAUCUGGCCUGAACACAGUUGGCUCCAACCCCUCAGUUACUUCCUGCGGGCAGCCUCCGGUGCCGGCUCCGGUGGGAGCUGCUGCUGCCGAGGCAGGUCUGCUGUGACACCGUAACUGGGAGGAUGCAGGUCUUAGUUUAUCUUCUGGGGCUUAUUUUUUUCCCUUUCUUUUACUACCUCUCAUUUUCUUAAUUUAUUGAACAUGCUUCAGAUAGCAGGUUUGGGGAAUUUUUUAGUCAUUCUUUUUACUUGAAACCUGUGUGCUUUUUUUGGAUAUAUAUAUAUAUAUAUAUAUGAACAAUUUAACAAACUGUUUCUUAAACUCAUUUGGUUUUGUAAUUUAUAUAGAAUUCAGGAGAUGAUUAAAAGGGCUAUUCUCUAUUCCCUAUGCAAAUAUUUUAACUGUUGUAGUGUUUGACAAAAUGGGAUCUAAAACAAAAAUCUGCAAAGUGGAAAAACAAAUCUGUUUACAGUGGCAUUGCUGACUAUCCUACCAUAUUCAGCACUUUUAAAUAUUGUUAUUUAUGAAAAUGUAGUUUAAAAUGCAAGACAAAAUAUUUAUAAAUGUUUCUUUUAAUAAAUACCUGUUUUGUCUGAAAGUGCUACCGUGUUAUGACAACUUCAUUCAUGUUGGUUAGCUACUUACCAUUAUGAAUAAAAUAUUCAAUUAUUAUACUGAUAGAAUACGUGCUAUGAUGUUUACAAAUCCUGAAGGGGGAAAAUUCAGUGAGAAAGGACUGCCUCCUUCUACUGUGAAAUGCUGUUAGGAAAAAAAAUAAUUUUUCUUGCUUUUUUCUUAAUUGGAAUUUAACUAUGGUCCUACAUAUGUCUAGUAUCAUUUGACUAGUUAUAUCUACUUGGUACUAAACAUAUACAGCAUCAUAUAUGUAUAUAUUUACAUAGUGUAAUUUCAAGUUGUUGGUGUUUGAGCCACAACACAUUUAGUGCACACAUCUAAGCAAUGUGUAAGAGACAAAACUGCAUGCAUAAGUCUUGACAAAUGUAGACUUGAAUAUUCUUAAUGUUACUAUUUGAUGGUGACCUGCUAGUCAUAAGCUAUCUUUAUAAGAUAUUUCACACAGGUAGAAGUUAUUGUCAACACUGACAAGUCAUCCUUUCAAGACAGUUUUAAAUCUAGAUGUGCAGGCCCUAAACUAUUACCUUGAUUUCUAGCGUAAGAUUCCAAAAUCUGUAUUUGGAAACUGUGACAUCAUUUUUAAAACUAUUACACCAAUCUUCAGUGUAAUACUGCAAUGAAAUCACGUUCUAAAUUUAUUGUCUAAAAUCCUCUAUUGGGAGGGAUUUAAAAAUUGAACAUAGCAUGUAAAGUUUCUUUCUUGGAGCAAAUGCUCAUAUUAAGACAUUUAAUAUACAUUUCAUUUAUCAGUUUGGGUUUCCCAAAUUUUUUUAUGACAAAAAUGGAUGUGGUCCAAAUGGACAAUAAGUAACAUGAUCUCAUUGCCUAUCAUACAGUUCUUUGAACACAAAUUGUAAAAAAGUCAAGCUAUUAACCUGAUUUAUUGUGCAUGCAGUGUACAAUACACUUUGAAAAACUGCCUAAAUACACUUAUUCUAUAGCUUGGAAUAAAAUAAGUAUGUAUUUAACUUGUAUUUUAGUUUUUCAUGAGAAUGUAUAUAGCAAGUGCACUACAGAGAGUUAUGUUUUUGUCACUUUUGCCCGGUGUUUUAAAUUCCUGUCAAGUAGAACCUAAUGCCAAAGAGCCAAAAAUAAGCAGAGCACUUCUGUACCCUCCUGUCCUUCAGGCUGCAAAGAAACUGAAACUACAUUGUGUUACACAUGUGUUCAACUUAGCUGUUUACAGACAGCUUUUGCAUAACUGAGCUUAGUUUGGGAUAUCCAGGAUGAAGCAAAAACACCCAGACAGUAUUAUGAGCAUUCAGAUUAGCCUGAAGGCAUGUGUGGCAUGAAGGAGACUAGAGGUUUGAUGGAGAAAAGACAGGUUAGUGGCACAGGUGGCUGGGCUGCAGGUUAAACAGCUAUGGCAUAGUACUAUGGAAACGUGGUCAUAGCACGUCCAGGUCCACAGCCAGUCCAUAAUUCACUUGAAUACCUGUGGAGUAUAUAGUCUGUAGGACAACAGAACCAGAGACAAAAUAGGACAUAAACCAGACUUCAGCUAGCAAUAGCAAUUUUUUAAAUUAAAAGCACAAUGAAGUGCUGCUGGGCAGUGAUCUAAACUGAGCAAAUAAAGGAGACCUACAUUCUAGCUUCAACAGCCAGGGUUUAAGAUGUCAUCUCAUGCCACACUUGAUUCCCUAGGCAGCAAGUUCUCAAUUACAAGGAGCAUAUGUCUGUGGAGCCAGUACCUAAAAUUAGGCAGGGGGCUUUUUCAGUAAGAGCAGCUUGCUGGACUGACAAUGCUGUGAGCCCACUCAGGAACCCACAACUGGCAUAGGCAGGAAGUGGCUGCAAAAGCCACAUUUAGCAGAAGUAUUCCACAACACCAGUUCAAAAGCAAUCAAAGAUUAUACAAGAAGUCUCUAAGUUCAGCAACUCUCUACACCAUGAGGAGUAAAGCCUGUAUUUCCACAAUGUCUGUGAGCCUGCUCCUGGCAUUGUUGACCCAGCCAACAGAGCCUGAGCCCUUAUGAAAUCCAACAAAGAAAAAAUUAAAGUUGCACAUAGGCAGACAGCUGCAACGUCUCCUCCAAAUUGAUCGGAAUCAUGUCCAACUACCAACAUCUAAAUAGGGUUUUUUUCAGCCUAUAAUGUUGUUAUUUUUUAAGAGACCCAAGAGUAGCACCAUAGCACAUCCUGGGACUUGGACACAGUGACAAAAGUCCCUGUUCACCAACUUGCUGAACACAUUUGCAGUGACAAAGCAUUAGACCUGUUCAAAUAUGUCCUGAAAACUUCUACCAGCAGUACAAGUGAUGUUGGUGGCAUGAAAGAACAAAGCAAUAAUAGUGCCAAAAUCAGUUGGACAAAGACUUGACAGAAACAGUGUCUGCAUAUUAUUUUAACUUUUUACCAAAAGCCUGACUUUGCCCCUUCCUUUAUCCAUGAACUAAACCUGUGGAAAUUCACCCUUCUCAUUUAAAACAGGGAUAUGAUUCAGGUGAUUCAAAGGCUGACCAUCAGUCAUUAACUCAGAUUACUUUUUUUUUUUUUCCUAUUCUCAAAAGCUUUAACUUACCCUUACUCUAAGUUUCCUGAGUUUCCCAUAGGUCUCUUCACAAGCUGGGCUCACACAGCAGUUAGACUCUCAUUCAUUGUUACAGAACAUCAAAAUAUUUUGUAUUUUAAAGCAUAAAUUGGAUCAUUUUUCCUUUAUGCUUCUGGAAGAAAACUUAAAGGAGCUUCAUGGGCAGGCAGUAGUGGGUACAAAGGAAGCUUUUGGUGGGUGAGAUUUCAUGAAUGAUGGCCUGGGGUUUUUAUCAGUGCCAGACAACUCACACAGACUACAUUCUCCACAAAGAUAUUCAAGUGUGACUUUUACUUAUAAAUUAUUGCUACACUGUAUUUUGCCAAUACAUCUUAUCCAAAGCUGUGCACUUAAAAUCAUAGGAAAACAUUUUUGUCUAACCAUUACUACUAAUGUUUGAUAUUUUGAAUAGCAAAUUCGCACACUGGCCGUUGGAUUUCCAUUGUGGAACAAAAACUUCCAAGCUUUCUUUUUUGACUACCAAAACUACUUAGGUUUUCAAGAAUUACUCUUGCUUUUGAUAGUAGAUUUGUGAAAAUAGCAAUUUACUAAUGUUUCAUAAGGACAUAACUGCAAUUCCAACAGUGUAAUUUAGUAGUUAGAUAUGAUUGCCUAGUACUGGUAAGACAAGAACAAGGACAGAAGGAAGGCAAGGGCACAACUCUGACUCCUCCAAUGAUUGUAAUAUAAAAUACUGCCUAAUAAAAUUUUAUGGAUAGUUGCA